AUCAUACUCGGGAGCUUCUCCCCUUUUCCCUUCCUUUCUUUUCCGCUUUUCCUAAUAUCCAUCGCUUCUCUUUCCACCCUUCCAACAAUAUGCCUAUCCCCAUACUUGGGGAAAUCUACUACAACGGGAUCGAUUCAGUACCAUAUCUAUUACCAGUUCUUAAGUUCGCGCCGUGGAUUCUUGUGGUAGUCGUCUUGAAGCUCUACUUCAACGGAUACCGAAAUAGAAAUGAACGUGUGAUGCACGGGAAGGUCGCAAUAAUAACAGGUGGAACAUCGGGAGUAGGCGCUGCUGUGGUCAACGAUCUUGCUGCUAGAGGGGCGCACUUGAUCCUUCUUGUCCGGAACGUAUCAGAUGUUUUCACGGUUGAUUACAUCGAAGACCUUCGCGAACGUCACGGCAAUCCCUUUAUCUAUGCGGAAGAAUGCGACCUCUCGUCCUUACACGACAUUCGUCUCUUUGCUACCAAGUUCAUCGACAACACCCCCCCUCGGAGACUCGAUAUGGUCGUUUGUUGCGCCGGAGUGAUGGCGCCACCGUAUACCCCUCGGACUACAACUAAAGACGGAAUUGAAGCGCACUGGGGAUUGAACUUUCUCGCCAACUUCCAGUUGUUGAAUAUUCUUGCGCCGUGCUUGAGAGCUCAACCUCCGGACAGAGAUGUCCGUAUAUUACUUGCUACAUGUUCUAGCUAUAUCGCCGGCGACCUUGAUCUUAAUGACCCUCAGUUCUUCCGACGACAAUAUCCUUUCGGAAGACCAUGGCUAUGCUAUGGAGCUUCGAAAAUGGCAUUGAUGGCCUUCUGCCUUGAGUUUCAAAGGCGCCUAGAUUCCUUUGUUCGGCCAGAUAAACAGCCGAACAAUGUUCGUAUUUACAACAUCGAUCCAGGACUUGUACGCACCCCCGGAGCUAGAAGAUGGAUUACUAUGGGCAGUCUCUGGGGACUGGGAGUCUAUCUGGUGAUGUGGCCGAUCUGGUGGCUGGUUUUGAAGGAUCCGCAACAAGGGGCUCAGUCAUUUUUGGCAGCAGCCAUGAGCCCAGAAUGUGGGAUGGGGGAGGGUGGAAAGUUUCUCAGAGAAUGCCAGAACCAAAAGUACCGCGCGGGCGAACUCUCUUCGCCGGAACUUGGAAGGCAGUUAUGGGAGCUCGCCGAGCUCAUGAUCAAGGAUGCCGAAAAGGCAGGAGCCAUUAAGCGUGCCAAAGAGAAGGGCAAGAAAAAGGCUCAGGAAGACAUGAAAGACGAGCUAAAGCCCGAUGGAGAAGAUAAGGAACUAAUGGAGAAGAUCCGCCAGAGAAAGGAGGCCCUUAGGACAGUAUUAGAAGAGGAGGAGGCAAAGCAACACGAAGAAAGAGCCAAGGCAAAGCUUCCACCCUCACUUAUACCUCCUCCAAUAUAUACCCCUAGCAGGGGUACCAGAAGCAGAACGGGAGAGCUCCGGACCGAGGAAGCGAAAAAGGUGCCUAUGGUGAAGAUCGAGACGAAAGAAGAGGUGCGGGAUACCCCUAGCAGGAACACAAGGAGAAGAACAAAAAAAGCUUAAGACAGACAAUGUCUUUGCAUGGAGUCUGAUGCCUGUGAGGUAUUGGGUCUUUUUUUCUCAUAGAACGGCGUGUGUGUAGCAUAAAACUGGAGUUUCUGUAGAGGGUUUCACUGCUUCAAUUUCAUUAUUCUUUCCUUUGUAAUGCAAUGCAAGUGUGAUACUG